AUGUUGCGUCGCUUCUUCACUUCUUCAGCCGCGCAUAUUUCGGUGCAGCAGCGCGUACGGACCCAACUUUCUCUCCUUUCGAAUGCAUCACGCUCACCUGAUGCACGCAUCGUGUUUGUACCUCGCUCGACUGCUGCGGAGGAUCUACAGAGUUCGCUGCCAUUCCCCGUAUCCGCCGCCGCUCUCCGAGACUUCAAAGCCAAACCACAGGAAAAACUGUAUUUGUACCCAAGUAAGGACGACGAUGUCUAUAAAAAUCAGCGCCUUCUUCUAGUGGGUCUUGGAGAUGCUGAAAAGGUGUCACCCACUAUCCUACGCGAUGCCACCCACGGAGCACUAAGUAUGCUAAAGAGCAAGCACGUCAAGAGCGCGGUGAUACAAGUGCCUACGCUCAAGGGAUGCUCUUUAAAUACCGCACGUGUCGUAGAGUUGCUCUCUCAAGCUUCAAUGCUCUCCAAUUAUCAGUUUGAUCAAUACAUGGCAGACGCCACAGACUCGUACGGAGAUACAGAGCUGCGUCUGCCUCUCGAGCAGAUUUAUUUGGAUACAUCAGACGAGUUUGAGAAGAAUAUGACCGAGCAGGCAAUAGUGGGUGAAGAGACGAUCUUUGCUAGAAACCUUGGCAACGAGCGUUCGCACAUUGUGGACCCGGCGUUUAUGGAGAAGGUAGCUCGUGCGUCGACUGAUCUUCCCAAUAUUUCAGUCCGUGUUCUACAAGAAAAUGAUUUGAAGAAGGAAGGAAUAACUUUUGACACAGGCGGCUUGAAUCUUAAGCCGACCGGUUCUAUCGAGGAUAUGCACAUGGACAUGUGUGGCUCUGCUGCUGUACUUGGAGCCGUUCGCGCUGCUUCACGCCAGAAUCUAAAGGUCAAUAUAAUUUGCGCUCUAGCUUUAGCUGAAAAUGCGAUCGGAUCCAAGGCCGUUAAACCGCUAACAAUUGUCAAAUCUCACAAGGGCAUUACUGUGGAAAAUAAUAACACGGAUGCCGAAGGUCGUUUAGUGCUUGGUGAUGCGAUGUCCUACAUUCAGAAGGAGUACAAGCCGAAUAAGAUAAUUGAUGUGGCCACACUGACUGGUGCGUGCAUGAUUGCAUUAGGUGAGCACUGUGCAGGUUUAUUUUCCAAUUCAGACGAUUUAGCUCAUAAGCUAGAGAAAGCCGGAACGGAAUGCCACGAGCGCUGCUGGCGCCUACCGAUACUUCCUGAGCAUACAGCCGCUCUCAAAGGUUCACAGUCGGAUUCUCGCAGCACCGGUCGUUCUCGCCACGGUGGAGCCUGCACAGCUGCAGCCUUUCUCCAACAAUUUGUAUACGAAGGUGUUGACUGGGCACAUCUUGACAUUGCCGGGCCAUCGAAUUACAAUGCUGCCAAAUCGUAUUUCCCUAAAGGUGCUACAGGCUUUGGGGUUCAGCUGCUUUACACAUACUUGAAAGAUCUUGAACAACAGUAG